AUGCUGAAAUUUCUCCAACAAAUGCUGUACAAAAGAACAUUUCAAGUUUCGCUGAAUGGAAAGGUUUCGAGCAGCAAAACUAUGGAAACUGGCCUGUGUCAAGGAUCGGUUCUAAGCGUGACGCUGUUCCUUAUGGCAAUAAAUACCAUUACCAGCCACAUACCAUCGAAUGUACAAUGCUUGAUUUACGCCGAUGACGUGAUUCUAAUUGCAACGGGAGAGGAUGCUGAAAAUACCAAAAAUAAGCUACAGGUAGCCUUGAACCAACUGGAACUUUGGAAAACACAAACUGGUUUCAGAAUAUCGGCGGAAAAAAGCGCAACUGUCAUCUUCCGCAGUCCUCGAAAGAAAAAACCGCCAAACCAAGGCAGGCUGGUAAUGAACGGGAUCACAGUGCCCCGUAAAAAUAGCUACAAGUGCUUGGGAGUCACUCUUGACCAACAUCUCAAGUACCGAAUCCAUGCUGAAGAGGUAAAAGCAGCAUGCCAACAACGAGUGCUUUUUAUCCGCAGUAUAGCUGCCAGGACGUGGGGCGGAGACCGGAGCACACUGCUAAAUUUGUACAGUGCAACAGUAUUAGAAAAAUUAUUAUACUCUGCUCCUAUUCUAUCGGCUUUGGAUAGCAAAGUUCUCCAGUCAUUAGAAACCGUACACAACGCAGGACUCCGAGCGAUAAUUGGGGCCUUUAGAACAAGCCCAAUCGAAAGCCUUCAUGCUGAAACUGGGAUUCCGAGCUUGAAAAUGUUCAUUGACCAGCGAAUAGUGCUCUACCCAGCUCGACGAUUAGCAGUCCCUCACAUGGAGCCUCACAUUGGAGCAGUGAGUACCGUAACAGACGGUAACAUUACUGAUAACAGCCUUAGCAGUAAUAGUAGCAGCCUUAGUGAUGACGCAGAUAGUUCUGAUGAAAGGUGGGGAGAAAGACCCAUGACCGAACCAAACUCCUUUCGGAACAGAGGUCAAAGCACGAUGAACGAAUUAGAGAUACAAUUACCAAGAACAACUGUCUUCAAAAUUGCAGUAUGUCCCCCAUGGCAGCGAAUUAGACCACGCAUUGACAAAAGUCUGCAUAGCAAACUUUCUCAAGGAGCAACACCAAGUGAACUCAGAAACUUGUUUAACGAACUUCGCCACAAAAACUACCGUAUCCAUAGGGCAAUCUACACGGACGGCUCCAAACAAAAUUCCAAAUGCGGAUAUGGCAUAGUAAGCCAAGGCUUCGUGACACAUAGAAGGCUUAACAAUAUCUGCAUCAUAUUCACAGCGGAAAGCGAAGCAAUAAAGGAAGCACUUUCGUGGGUAGUUGAACAACAAGUUCCGCAAGCCUAUCUCAUUUGCACUGAUUCAAUGAGCGCAGUGACCAACCUGGAAAAGUGCAAGAUCAAAUCCAAAUGGAAAGACUGCGUUCAAAUGCUACUUAAUCAGAUUGCUGAUUUGGGAGCCGAAGUGGUUUUUUGUUGGAUUCCCAGUCAUAUCGGAAUACCCGGAAACGAAAAAGCAGACACGGAAGCCAAAAAGGCAUUGGAGCUACCAGAGGAUACAGAACAAAGCGUUGACUUUUCAGAAGUCCGAAAAAUCAUUAAACUUCAAAUCACGAAGAGAUGGCAGCUGCAGUGGCACACGAAUUUAAACAACAAAUUGCGAGAAGUGAAAAACACCCUACUACCUUUCAAAGCAGCGUUUCUAGGCAAUCGAAGGGACGACGUGAUUUUAGCUCGCCUCCGGAUCGGGCAUACUCAGCUCACGCAUGGGUACCUGUUGGAUAAAAUAGACCGACCACUAUGCUCCAGAUGUAACGAACCCAUGACAGUCAAACACAUCAUCGUCAACUGUGAUCAACUAGAUGAACACCGAACAAAUCAUGGCAUUCCAGGAAAUCUUCGAGAAGCACUGGCCGAUGAUACGGAAAUGGCGCAGAAAGUGAUUGAAUAUCUUAAAACAAUUAACCUGUAUGAGAAAAUAUGA